GUGAUGGCGUUUUGUGAAUGACAGUUUAGGACAACAAAAAAUCGUAAACUCAUUUUGGUCAAGACUGGAAGUGUUUUUUGUGUUAAAAGAAAUCCUUCGAUUUAUUCUCAAAUUAAAAACGCUACCUCCCGUCACAGAAAAACGCAGUUUUCCGUGAAAAUUACUGAAAAUGUAUUCUACAGCUUUGAAUGCCGGAGCUUUCUGGAGUAAUGGACCAACUCCCGGAGCAUUCUAUGACUUUCCAGGUUCCAAGACCAUCAGCGGUCCCGCAGCAGGUGUAGUGGAAACUCCCGGUGAUUUUGGAACCCAGCGAUCAUACACUCCGAUCAACACUGGAACAUCUGUGGUUGGACUGAAAUUCGCAAACGGAGUAAUUAUUUCUGCCGAUAAAUUGCUAUCCUAUGGAUCCUUAGCCCGCUACCAUGACGUAGAUCGUGUUUACAAAAUCAACGACAAAACUAUUAUUGGUAUCGGCGGCGAUUUUGCCGAUUUCCAGUUCAUCAAACGCUACAUUGAUCAGAAAGUUGUUGACGAUAUGUGCCUCGCGGACAAAAACGAAUUGAAGCCAAAAUCUCUCUACAACUGGCUCACGCGGGUGAUGUACAAUCGUCGAUGCGACUUCAAGCCGCUCUAUCUUGACAUGGUAGUCGGUGGUAUUCAGGAUGGAGAACCCUUCUUAGGACACGUCAACCUUCGUGGACGUGCAUACAUCAGCGACGUGGUUGCUACAGGGUACGGUACCCAUAUGGCACUUCCAUUACUGCGUGAAUAUUCGGAAAAUCCGACGGCUUAUGCCGGACUAGAUCGACAGAAGGCAAGCGAGCUUAUCAAGAGCGUAAUGGAGGUGCUUUGGUAUCGCGAUUGCCGCAGUGAUCCUAAAUACUCGCAAGUUAUCUGCACUUCGGAGGGUGUUCACUUGGACUCGCACUGCUUUGUUAAUCAAAAUUGGAAUCUGGCUAAAAUGGUGAAGUGAUUGAAGAGGAUUGAUGCUUCAAACAAAUGCUAUUGAUUGAUAAUACAAUACAAUAAAUACUAUAUAAAGAU